AACUCCCGGUUUCCAACAUCAGCAAAGAAGAAAGAAAGGCCAUACAACAGCUGAAGAAGGACAAGGAUGUUAUGAUACUGCCAGCGGACAAAGGAAAAGCGACAGUGAUUAUGGACACAGAAGACUACGAAUCAAAGUUUUAGAGGCAACAUUUACCAACAACGGUUCGGCACAGCGAUGGGAAGCCCCGUCUCCCCGGUUCUAGCUAACCUCUUCAUGGAAUGGCUAGAACAGCAGGCCAUGGCCACAGCUCCGGUGAACUGUAGGCCGAAACUUUGGAAGAGAUAUGUGGAUGACAUCAUGGAAAUUAUAAGACAGGGGACACAACAUGAAAUUACCGACCACUUAAACUCCAUAGACCCCACGGGUAGUAUCAAGUUCACCCAUGAGGAAGAAGAUCAGGGCACUCUACCCUUUCUGGACACCUUACUAGUGAGGAGAGAAGACGGCACGGUGAAACUUUUGGUCUACAGAAAAAAGACCCACACAGACCAGUAUCUAGAUUUCAAUUCCCAUCAUCCGCUCCACCAGAAACUAGGAGUAAUCAGAACGCUGAUGGACAGGAGCAAAACAGUGGUCACAGAGGAAACAGACAGACAACAAGAGGUCAAACACAUCAAACAAGCCCUGUCACUCUGUGGUUACCCAGACUGGACUUUCAAAAGAGUGCAACAUCAGUCCAACAAACCCAAACCCAAGAAAGAAAAGAAGAAAGAAGAACAGAAGUCUAAGGGCAUGAUCAUCAUACCUUAUGUCAAAGGCAUUACAGAGACACUUGAAAGGAUCUUCAGAAAACAUGCCAUUGCCACGGCAGUGAAGCCCAAGACCACGCUCAGAAACUUGUUGGUGCAUCCCAAGGACAGACUGGAAGACUCCUCUAAAACAGACUGUGUCUACAAGAUUCCGUGCAAAAGUUGUGACAAGGUGUACAUUGGAGAGACGGGCAGGACUUUCAACACCAGACUUGAAGAACACAAAAAGGAGGCAAAAAACAGCAAAGGCAGUGCAUACACAAGAUCUCAGAAGAAGGCAGCAGAACAAACAGAGAACAAAUCGGCAGUCACAGACCAUAUUCAUAGAAACAAUUGCGUAAUAGACUGGGAGGGGGCAAGAGUCAUUGACAGAGAGGAAAACAGAAGAACUCGAUGGAUUAAAGAAGCAGUUUGGAUCAGAAAAUCAGUGCCAGUCAUGAACAGAGACGAGGGGGGAUACAAGCUGAGUUUACCGGACAAUCUCAUGGCGGCAAAUAUGUGUGAGAGGCUGCAAAACCAGGCUACACUGUCAGGGGAAAUAAGUGAACAACCCCAGUCUGGAAACAGGUGCAGCUUUCACCCCUCAGAGGAAGUCAAGCUCUACUGUAAACAGUGUAACAUGCCAGUUUGUAGUGAUUGUUGUGAAGACGGCCACGAUGGGCAUCCCAACACAGGCAUUAAAAAAGCUGCACAGGAAAGGAGAUCUACAGUCCAGGCCUUGAUCAAUGAGGGGAGGGACAUUGUGGAAAUCUACGGCAGUUUCAUCAGAGGUCUAGAGGAAAAAGAGAAAACACUGAAUAAACAGAAACAGCAGAGAGACGACAGCAUUAUUCAGACCUAUGACCAAAUGGUGCAGAAACUCACAGAGAGAAAAGACCAACUCUUGUCGGAAUCCUGGCAAAAUUACAGCGAGAAUUUGGAGAAAAUACUGACUAAUAGAGAUAGGGUGUUGCCAGAUGUCAAUAAAUUGUCUGCCGCCUGUGAUCGAGCAGAACAAGAACUGCAGCAGGGAUUGUUCAAGUUUCUCAGUCAGGAAAUUGCUUUGACAGAGUUGGUAGGAAAAUACAGAGGAAAAGCAGCACCAACUCCUGUACAAACCCAGCCUGCUUUCUUUCAGCCCACAGACACCACAGUGCCAGUAUUGGGACAUGUGAUGGCCCAGUCUGUCCCAUCUGCACCAAUCCCACCAUCACUCGCACUAAUCCCAGCAGCACCUGCACCAAUCCCAGCUGUAUCUAGUGAUGAUGCAGUAAGGGGUAGGGGUCAUCGCCUUCUUAACCAGAAGGAAGGGGAGCAUCACCACCAAAGAGUGACAUUUGGUGGAGAGGGAUCAGAAAACGGACAGUUUGAUGGACCACGUGGUGUCACAGUUUCAGAUGAGGGAGAGAUCUUUGUAGCAGACACUGAACGGUGUAAACAUAGCAGUUUGAGAAGUUACGGAAGAAUUCAAGUCUUCACAAUGCAUGGAACAUUUGUCCGCCAGUUCUCAACACCUCCUCCAUUUCCCUUUCGUCAUAAGUACACGUAUGAUCCGUUUUUUAGUGAACAAUACUACCCAAAUGACGUCACAGUAGACGGGGAGGGGAACCUGUGGGUGGUCGGAAGAACGUGCACACAUCGUGAGGAGUCUGCUGUGCAGUACAGCAAGCAGGGCAAAAAGCUGAGGGCAUUUCGUCUACAGAAAGAGUGCGAAGCAGUUUCUGUGGACACCAGGAGGAACCACAUCCUCAUCACACAAAUCAAAGAUAGCAGGAGUAAUGUGCAGGUGUUCGAGCCAGAUGGGACCCUUUUGAGAACUGUAGGAGAUAAAUCGAGGAACAUACUACUGAAGGAAAUAGUGCUGAUAUACCCUGUGUCAGUCACUCUGGACGGAGAAAGAAAUAUUCUUGUGUCAGACAGUAGCAAUCACCGUAUCCAUGUGUUCAAAAAUAAUGGGCGGUUUCUGUUCCAGUUUGGAGGUAAGGGAAGUAGUGAGGGUCAGCUGUUGGAUCCCCAUGGCAUCUGUACAGACAGGGCAGGUAACAUCAUUGUGGCAGACUAUGGAAACAGCCGUGUGGAGAUGUUUGACAAGACAGGAAAAUUCCUCAAACAUAUCGUUACUGACAUAAAAUGCCCAUGGGCUGUUGCCAUGGCACCACAGGGACAGCUGGUGGUGACUGUUUGGCAAGAAUAUGGAUAUGACGAUUUUAACAAUAACCACACAGUCUCCAUAUUUCAUAACUACUGAAGCUGUGUUAGUUUUGUAUAAGAUAAACAGAGUGUACCUUGGCAUCGUUUCCUACAUGUAUACAUGUCCUGUAUUUAAAAAAAGUACUUGCAGUGAAAACACUUUCCCUGCAUGUACGUUGAAAUUACAGUUAGAUAAUGUAGAAACACUUAAGUAAAAAUCAACCCUAAUCAAUAAUGUACAUGGCUGCUGUUUACAAUGUAAAUUGGUCUAUAUAUAUUCACCUGACAAACCUACAGUUGAUAAGAAGCUGAUUGUUUGUUAUGAGUGGAAGUUUGCUGUUAACCCAGGAUGGUUAUCGGUGAUGCCAGUCAUAAUCCACUAGGAUCA